AUGCCCGAGAAGAAGCUCACGCCUAAUUUCACGGUGAGGCGGAUGACUGCACCCGAUCCGAACAAGAAGAAGGAUGAGGACAAUAAGCAACAGGACAAGAAGGAGAAGGACCAGAAGAAGGAUCAAAAGAAUCUUCACUUCCGCUUCUACGAUAGCGUCGCCGCCAACCCAUCCUAGAUACUCCGCCGUUUCCCGACAUCGUCUCGAGAGAAGCAGCCUACCGCGAGGCAUACCAAGUAAAGAGGCCGUCCGAGAGCCACCCGCGACGAGAACGAGGUACAACUUCCCGCAUGCCGAACAGAGAGAUAAGGAGUACGAAGAACAGAUCCGGAUACUGGGAAGGAUGAAGCCACGGGCUCUGCUGGCGUAUGAAACUUCGGCUGCUCUGUGUCGAGAGGAGAAGGCCUUAACGUCCGGCCGAAUGGCUGCUCCAUUUGAGGCACAUAUUCACUUCGUCAGUGAUACGGCUUUCUGUUUCGUUUGGCAUCGAUGUAGGCGCGCUGGAUUAUAGGAUGUUCGAUGGCUGAAUUCCCGAUAUGCAUCUGGAAACGAAUACCCUAUGAGAACGGACGCCAUAUCAGACUAAUAUCGAUCCAAGAAUCUCUGCAUAUGUGUAUUCGCUUAUCAGCGAACCCGGCGCGACACCAGAUCUAUACCUCUUACGACAAGCCUAGCAUCUCCGGUCUACAAGUGAUGCCAUCAACGACAGGCCGGUAUCUUGAUAGUGGACAUGGCUCCGACAAUCUUACCAUGGGCGGCGGAUUUGGUCUUAUAGAGACCCUCCGAAAUCUAUCUACGAACUUGUCUGGUUGCCGGACAGGGUCUCUAGCAGUCUUUCGAGUCGGAUCGCCCAAUCUCUCCUUACAGUGC